CAGGCAACCGGAAUAACAGAGGCCAGCUGAGCGCGCCUGCGCAGCUGUCCGUUGGGAGGGUCAGUUCUGGAAAACUAGGUCCUGGGGUUUCCCCUGAACAGGAGCGGUCCCCAAGAGCCUCAGGCUUCUGUCCAGGCCCUGAAUGGCUGGUCUCCAGUUGGCCCUACAUCUCCCUGUGAGCAUUAUGCUCCCACAUAAUAAAAUGGAUGCCCCAGGGCUCCGCUCAGCCAAGCAAGACCCUUUUGAACAAGGUGACUCGUCCCAGCAGUCUUCGAUGGGACACCUGAAGAACAAUUUCCAGCAGAAGCUUUCGAGCAACAAAGAGCCCAUAUUGGAUAAUGUCUACCCUCAUCCCAAAUGGGACGUCUGUACAAAAGCCCAGAGCUAUUCCUAUCCCCUCUGCGUGGGGACCAGUCAGCAAGAUUCAGGAAACGAGUCCCAGGAGGCCCAAGGAAAGGGUUCAUAUUACUCAUCAGGCCCACAGUCCUGGCAUCCCAAAGCAAAUAACCAGGACUUCAUCCCCUUUACAAAGAAGCGAGUUGGGGUGGACCGGGCAUACCCACUAAAACCCGUGGUCCACCGGAAGUCUCGUAGUUCAGGUGAGGCUAGUGCUAAUGCCUACCCAAGACCCCUUGAGCCAAGAGAGUUUUCGUGCAGCGACUUUGGCUGGAGAAGUCGGGCAGAUUCAUCUGGGGCUGGCACUGUUCCUGCUGCCAUGCACCAGGAUAGGCCCCUGGCACACCUGGACAGGACUGGGUGGAUGCAGAUCCAAAGACUAGAAGCUGCCGGGGAAAGCUUAGAGAAGGAAAUCCGAAGAAAGGAGAUUCUCCUGAGGGAAAAGCUGAAGAAGACACAGGAGGAGCUCAGAAGGAUCCAGAAGGAAAAAGGACAGCCUGAGGAAAAUGAAAACAAAGAGCUCCAGAGAAUGAUCCUCCCUAGGAGGAGAGGUAAAGGUAACCACAUCAAUACCACCUAUAAGCCUGUCUUCUCCCCGGAAUUUUGGUCUGAGGAAGCAUUCAGUAGAGACAAGAGAGAGGAUGAAACUUGGGGACAGUCUCAAGAAAAUUCUAGUCCAUGCCAGUUCUCUCAUUAUGGAAUCCAGAAGCUAGAAAGGGAAAAGCUGGUGACAAACAAUAACAAAAUCCGAGAUCAAGUCUCAGGGCCAUCGAUGGAGCGAUUUUCUCAACCUUCAGAAGUGCCAAGCAGUGCUUCUUGGGGGUCCACCAGAGAUCCUGGCCUGUCCAGGGGACCAGAUGAUUCAGGAGCCAGCAGUUCCACUGAAGAGCCAGAACUGGGCAAGUGCAGCCACUGUGGACGCAAAUUUCUCUUGCUCAGACUGGAGAGACACUCCAACGCCUGCAGCAAGAUGCAGGGCUCCAAGAGGAAAGUGUUUGACUCCUCCAGGGCCCGAGCAAAGGGCACAGAGCUCGAGCAGUACUUGAACUGGAAGGGCCCAGCCUCGGUUAAGGUAACGAGAGCUGGACCUCCGCGGAAGAGCAACUGGAGACAGAAGCAUGAAUCUUUCAUCCGUACCCUCCGUCAGGCCAGAGAGGUCCAGCAGGUAAUUGCUAAAGGUGGAAACCCCUCAGACUUGCCUCCCAUCGAGCCUGCAGAAAACCCAGACUACCUCCAGUGUCCUCACUGUAGCCGCCACUUUGCUCCCAAGGUGGCUGAGCGACACAUUCCCAAGUGUAAGACCAUCAAGAACCGCCCUCCACCACCAAGGAAGCAUUAUGGUUGAGCAGAUGACAACAGUGCAAACAUCCUCCGAUUUUUCAGAGGUUCUGCUUCUCUUUAGCAGUAAAUGGGAGAAUAAUCUGAUGCAAAGCAGAAAAACGUCUAUCCCCCAGAUAUGCCUGCAGUUAAAAUCCGUGAGGAGAGAGCCAUUGCUAAGCAGCACAAGGCAGAAGGAAGCCCCAGCCCCGCACUAAAUUAUAACCUCGGGUUGGCAUACCUUGUUCUUGCUCUAAGAACUGGGGGAAGAUGCUGAAGGGUACUGAGCAGGCUGCAUUAAAGCUCUCUUCUCAUAAGCCUGUGGUGUGUGCUGGUGAAAUGCCUGUGCCUUCUGGCCACUGCGUGGAUCUCCUUGGUUCCUGUGCAGGCUUCCUGCUCUAGCAAGAACUUGGAGUAGGGGGAACCAGCAG